CGUUGGCCUGGGAGGGGAGGCGGCAGCUUCCGGCGGGGGUCUUCGGGGUUGUAGGGUGCAGCCGGGUGACUACGGGCAGGGCCGCCGCGCCCCUGGAGUGGGGACCUGUGAGCGCCCGAGCAGAGCAGCGCGGCGGGAGGCUACUCGGGCCGGCGAGGUCAGACUGGUGACUGCAGGACCUCCUCCUCAGGUCCUGGAAGUCUGAACCCUAUUGGUGUGCUCCUUCCUCCCGCGUGGGGUGCACCCCCCCCCCAGCCCCUCAUCGCCUGUGCUCCGUCCUCUAUAAUCUCUCUUUCCCAGGAGGCCAUGGAGACCUCGACGCCUUUGCCUGCUGUCCCCCCGGCCCCGACCUGCAACCCACUCCCACGGACAAUCCAGAUCGAGUUCCCUCAGCAUAGCUCACUGCUGCUCGAGGCCCUGAACCGCCACAGGCUGGAGGGGAAGUUCUGUGAUGUGUCUCUCCUGGUGCAGGGCCGGGAACUUAGGGCCCACAAAGCCGUGCUGGCCGCAGCCUCUCCUUACUUUCACGACAAACUUCUUCUGGGGGACGCACCCCGGCUCACUCUGCCCAGUGUCAUCGAAGCCGAUGCCUUUGAAGGGCUGCUCCAGCUCAUUUAUUCAGGGCAUCUCCGUCUGCCACUGGACGCUCUCCCUGCCCAUCUCCUCGUGGCCAGUGGCCUCCAGAUGUGGCAAGUAGUAGAUCAGUGCUCAGAGAUUCUCAGAGAAUUAGAAACCUCUGGUGGUGGCAUUUCAACCCGUGGAACCACACUUUCCACUACAACCUCUGCAGGAGGCUGGUGCAUUCGCUCAUCCCCUUUCCAAACCCCUGGCCAGUCUGCUGCUUCUACUGAGGAGCCCAUAGUAGGGGAGGGGAGUGAAUUGGGAGAGGUGUUACAGAUUCAGGUUGAGGAAGAGGAGGAGGAGGAGGAAGAGGAAGAAGAAGAUGAAGAGGAGGAGGAUCAGGGCUCAACAGUACUCUCUCAAACUUCUCAGCUGCAGAGAGUAUCAGGGGGUCUGCCCCGACCUCAAGGAUCCCACCCGCUGCCUAUAUCCACCACUCCCCGCAGGCUUCCUGAAGGUGAGAGUGUAUCACUUGAGCCUCCUGCUAUUACUCCUACACUGUCCCCCAAAAUCUUCUACAUUAAGCAGGAACCCUUUGAACCUAAGGAGGAGAUAUCUGGGGGAGGACCUCAGCCAGGAGGAGUAAAGGAGGAAACCAAAGUGUUUCCUGGAGGGGACACAGAAGGCAGUGGGGAACUGGGAUUCUUGUUGCCCUCAGGAACAGGGGCAACAUCUGGGACAGGGGGGCCAUCCUGGAAACCAGUGGAUCUUCACGGGAAUGAAAUCUUGUCAGGGGGUGGAGGGCCUGGGGGAGUAGGGCAGGCUGUGCAUGGGCCUGUGAAACUGGGGGGGACACCCCCUGCAGAUGGGAAACGUUUUGGCUGUUUAUGUGGGAAGAGGUUCGCAGUGAAGCCAAAGCGUGACCGGCACAUCAUGUUGACCUUCAGCCUUCGGCCCUUCGGCUGUGGCAUCUGCAACAAGCGUUUCAAGCUGAAGCACCACCUAACAGAGCAUAUGAAAACCCAUGCUGGAGCCCUGCAUGCCUGUCCUCACUGUGGUCGUCGUUUUCGAGUCCAUGCCUGCUUCCUUCGUCACCGGGAUUUGUGCAAGGGCCAGGGAUGGGCCACUGCUCACUGGACUUAUAAGUGACUGCUGAAGCAAUAUUUUAAUUUUCAGGAUGGGAGAGCCACUGCUGCUAGUGGAUACUUACCCCUUACUACAAUGCCACCUGGGUCUUGUAUUCAUGCCAAGAAGAUAAAUACAUUGUGAGUUUUUCUGUUCUUAGGUAUGAGCCUCAACUCUGCAAAUCUAGGAACUCAGAUUUCUCAUCUGGCUCCAAAUAUUUGCUUAUUACUCUUAAUUAGCAUGUAGGCUAAUAGCUGAUUAACUAUAUAGGCAAACAAUUUAUAUGUAGAUUGAUCAUGUCCCUACCAUAGACCUUUUUUGUACAGGAAACCAGACUUCAGAUUAGAAGUUUUAUUUCUCGAGACUUAACACAAAAAGGCGUAAUGAUAAAGACCCCAUAUCAUGUCCAUGAGGAAUUAAAGGAGCUGGUCUCCAUCAAGGGAUAUAUUUGACUCAAUAUUCUACUAAUUAAGAGACUAAAUUUUAAGCUUUCCCUCAUUAUUGCUGCAGUCAUAUAAACAGAUUUCCUUUUCUGUGCUUUCUUUUGCUGUAUCUCCAGAAGCCCCUCACACCAUAACUUGAUUUCUCACUAGUAGGCACUUUUCCAUGACCUUUUUAUUUUAUUUUUUUUUUAUUUUUUAUGUUGUAGUUGAGCACUUUAACAAAUUGACAUUCCAUGUGUCCUUCCUAGAGCCCUCUUAAUUGAGGAAGUUCCCCCCACACCUUGUGCCUCUUGUCUACCUUUGACCAACGCUGAUCACUCAUAUGGAUCAUAAUGACUGGGAUGUAACCAGUAAACUCAGGAGAUGGUUACUGAUUUAAAUGUUCUCAGGGUAGUACCAAUGUUCUGAACAUGUGGCCAUGGUCAGAGGGACUCAGGUCUGAGACAUGCUGAAGGUUAGAGAGUACUACAGAGUGAAACUGCACCUUUUCUGACCCUAUCCUCACAUGGUGGGGCCAGUUCCUUUGUUGAAAGGUAAAAGGGUAGAUAAUGGAAUGGGAGAAUGUUGUAGAUUAUUUAAUUUCUUUAAAUAAACUGCCCUGAAUGUAAAUUGA